AGAGAGGUAUGGUGAAUUAGAAUUUUGGUGAGGUAGGUGUUACCCAGUUGCUCUCUCUCUUUUUCUCUUGCUCUCUCUUUCUUCCACCUACUGGUGGAGCUAGAGUGUGUGUGAGAGAGAGAGAUAUAGAGUGAGAUAGAGUGAGAGAGAGAGAGAGAGUAGGAGGGGAAGAAAGAAAAGGGGAAAGGGAGCAGGCGCGGAGAUCCCGUUCAUCAAAUAUCCAGCAUUCUCUCCGGCACUGCCCAUCCGCGGGCUGCUGCUCUCCGCCGCCGCACGGACGGACGCACGCACACUCGCUCGCUCGCGCUCUCUCCCGCUCACCCCCCUCCUCUCGCAUGCGAACAGCAACAUGAAUAAGCUGUACAUCGGCAACGUGAGCGAGCAGGCGAGCGCGCUGGACUUGGAAACUAUCUUCGAGCAGUGGAAGAUCCCCUUCAGCGCGCCGUUCCUGGUCAAGAGCGGCUACGCCUUCGUGGACUGCCCCGACGACAAGAUAGCCAUGAAGGCCAUCGAUACACUUUCAGGAAAGGUAGAACUUCACGGGAAACUUCUAGAGGUUGAACAUUCAGUCCCUAAACGACAAAGGAGCUGUAAACUGCAGAUCAGGAAUAUUCCCCCUCACAUGCAGUGGGAGGUGCUGGAUGGGAUAUUGGCUCAGUAUGGGACAGUGGAGAGCUGUGAACAAGUGAACACUGACACAGAGACGGCAGUAGUGAACGUGCGAUACGGUGCCAAAGAUCAGGCCCGACAAGCAGUGGAGAAGCUGAACGGGUUUAUGAUGGAGAAUUACGCACUGAAGGUUUCCUACAUCCCGGACGAGUCCGCCGUCCCCGACCCCUCCACCAUGAGCGGCCGGAGAGGCCCGGGCCCCCGGGGGCCCCCACGCCAGGGCUCGCCCUCGCUGGGCGCCAGACCCAAGCUGCAGUCCGACGUGCCGCUGCGGUUGCUCGUGCCCACCCAGUUUGUGGGCGCCAUCAUAGGCAAGGAGGGCGCCACCAUCCGCAACAUUACCAAACAGACACAUUCAAAGAUUGACAUUCAUCGUAAGGAGAACGCCGGCGCAGCAGAGAAGCCCAUCACGGUCCACUCCACUCCAGAGGGCUGCAGCGCCGCCUGCAGGAGCCUCAUGGAGAUCAUGCAGAAAGAAGCUCUAGACACCAAAAUCACUGAGGAGAUUCCCCUUAAGAUUUUGGCCCAUAAUAACUUUGUGGGACGUCUGAUCGGAAAAGAGGGACGCAACUUGAAGAAAAUUGAACAAGACACUGGGACUAAAAUCACCAUCUCGCCUUUGCAGGACCUGACUCUGUAUAACCCAGAGCGCACCAUCACAGUGAAGGGCUCUAUAGAAGCUUGUGCCAGAGCCGAGGAGGAGCUCAUGAAGAAAAUCCGAGAGUCCUACGAAAACGAUGUAGCCGCCAUGAACUUGCAGUCAAACUUGAUUCCUGGGCUGAACUUAAAUUCUCUGGGUCUGUUCCCGGUUGGGGCGAGUGGAGGCAUGUCCCCCACCAUGGUGCCAGGACCCCCUGCUGGAGGACAAGCUGCCUACCCAUCGUUUGGGUGCAGCGCCUUUGGGAGCGAGGUGCCGUUUUGGGCCUCAGCGCCGCUCUCCUCCUCCAGCAGUAGCCCAGCCCUCUCUCAACAGCCAGAAUCAGAGACUGUAUAUCUCUUCAUCCCUGCCCUGGCGGUGGGCGCCAUCAUCGGGAAACAGGGCCAGCACAUAAAGCAGCUCAGCCGCUUCGCUGGGGCAUCAAUCAAAAUUGCUCCAGCUGAUGGAAUGGAUGCUAAGCAGAGGAUGGUCAUCGUUGCAGGACCACCUGAGGCCCAGUUUAAGGCUCAGGGACGAAUCUUUGGGAAACUGAAGGAGGAGAACUUCUUUGGGCCGAAAGAAGAGGUCAAACUAGAAGCUCACAUCAAAGUGCCAUCAUUCGCUGCCGGCAGGGUUAUUGGCAAGGGAGGCAAAACGGUGAAUGAAUUGCAGAACCUGACCAGUGCAGAGGUGGUGGUCCCACGGGAUCAGACACCUGACGAAAACGACCAAGUAGUAGUGAAGAUAACUGGCCACUUCUAUGCAAGUCAGAUGGCUCAGCGAAAGAUUCAGGAGAUUCUUUUUCAGGUGAGGCGGCAGCAGCAGCAGCCCAAGGCCUCGCCCACCGGCCCGCCGAUGGCCCGAAGGAAAUAGAGCCACCACGUCUUCACGGAGACGAUCGGGACAUGGGACCUGCCCAUCUCAGGGGUCAUGGGUCGUAGCCGACCACCCCACUCUUAUAUCCCACCCCCCUGCCUCCCGGCGUUUCUGUGAGAAUGUUUAGUCACACUUUUUUUUUUUUAUUAUUAUUAUUUUUUUUUAUUUUAUAUAUAAAGGUUUUCUGUUUCGUUUUUAUUUUUUUUUUCCUUACCAUUUUUUGGCUCUAAACAUGAGAAGAAAAUCACGGCUAUGAGAAAUAGUCUCCCUGAAAGUCUUCACUGCCCUCGUGUGGUAACUGCACAAUACUACAUUGUCAAAUUUUCUUUUUUUUUUUUUUUUCCUUUUUGCUUUGUUUUUUCGUUUGGUUGAUUGGUCAUGUUUUUCCAUGUUAUAAAAGUUAAAGGCAUUGCUCUCCUAGCCUGGCUAGGGGUGGGCGGGGCUAGGGGUGGGGCCUAAGGGCUCUGGAUUUCCCGGGACGGGACGGGACGGGACUGAACUGAACGUGGCAGGGUCGGAAGUAUUUUGUCCCAGUAUUGAUAGUGGCAUUUUAUAAAUUCGGAUGCAUUUUAUAAAGAAAAUGAUCUAUAUAUACGUAUAAAUAUAUAAAUAUAAAAAUUAUAUAUAUAUAUAUAUAUAUAUAUAUAUAUAUAUAUAUAUAUAUAUAUAUAUAUAUAUAUAUAUAUAUAUAAUAUAAAUAUAUUAUAGAAGAUUAUGAAGCAACGGCGGAGCAACACUGCCACUUAUGACUGAGGGAAGUGUUGAUUGGUGUUGGCCAGGAAACCAAGUUUAAUAUGCAUUUUACUGAUCUACCUCAGGCUAGAGUACCUCAGAAAAAAAAAGAAGAAAAUGAUAUAUAUGAAAAAAAAAUGUUCCUUUCUUUUUUUAUUUUGCUUUGUGGUAUUUUGUAUACUUUAUAAAGCUAAUAGUUCUUGAACAUUUUUAUUUUUUUAAGAAAAUUAGCUCUGCCGUUAACGCGCGGAUCCUCGACCCCCACUCGGGUAAAAGCUGCAGGCGACGCAUCGCUGUACAUAAAUAAGACGAAGUCUGCACGUCUGGGUAUGAGUCGGGGUCGAGGGGGCGUCGCCGUUGCCGCGGACGCGGGAGUAUCAAAAGAAAAGCAAGCGCCUCAGUGUUGCCGAGGAGCCAACAUCCACUGAAUACAACAACGUCAUCGAUGUAAGUUAGAGAUGCCGAAUAAUGCCAACCGUACAUACUGCAGCAAUGCCGUGAUAUUUAGUUAACACCAGUUUAGCGAGAAUACGUUUUCAUAACGUUUUUGGCCGGUACGUAUCUUUUUGCGUACGUUUUUGUUCUUUUUUUUUGUUUUGUUUUUGGUGCGUGCGUUAGCGUUGAGGAAACGGCAGAGGCGUAGGUAGCAUUAGAGGUCAGGGAUAACCUUGUAUGUCCUGCUGUAACCUCUCUGGUGCUCCUCCUACUUCUACUACUUCUCCUUCCUCUUAUAGAUGCGAUGCGCUCCUAGAUACGUUUUUUUUUUUUUUUUUAAACCUUCCCCACCCCUCCUCUUUUUUCUCACGCAGUUACUUGCAUAGCAGAUUAACAUAGUCCAGCCCAUGGUGGUGCGAAUGAGUCGAAUGUCAAUUGAGUCGAAGGAAUCGAAUCCGUUGUGUAGUUUGAGUUUGUGUGGGGUAUUUUUUUUUGUAUUAUUAUUAUUAUUAUUAUUUUUAUUUUAUUUUUUUUUUAUUUAGUUUCCUCGUUUUUCGUGUUUUUUUUUUGUUUUUUUUCGUGGGCUGGGCUCCAUCACACCAGGCUUUCUCACACACACACACACACACAGCAAAUACCCGCGUCGAGUGUAUGUGAGUCUGUAAUCACGUGAAUCACGUGACUCACGUCGAUCACUGCAUGGUGAGUGAGGGUCGUCGGGGAGAGAGUCGCACUGUUUCCGAUGCUUUGGUUGAGUUUCUGCCACACACAUUGCAGCAUAGCUCUAUUAUUAUUAUUAUAAUUAAAGGAUGCAUCUGUAUAACCAGCAGUAAUGUAGAAAUGGACGUGAACGGUUUCAUUUCUCCUUUCUCUUUUAUUUCCUUUAGUUUAUCUUUCAAAGUGACAAAUAAUAUAAAAAAUAAAAUAAAAAAAAUAGAUGGACCUUUCACGCGAGAAGAAAGUUAAAGUUAAAGAGUUUAAACUGAUGAGAAACAAAUAAAUAAUAUUCCGUUUUCUUAUUUCAAAGCCGAAUGUAAAUAUGAUUUGAUUGUGGUAAGAGUGUAUUCAUGCUUCCACGCUAGUAAGAACGUCUACCUCAGCUUCAGAGUCAAGGGUGGAUGGCGGGUGAAGCUCACGCCUCCAUCCACGCCUCUAGCGCACGCGCAGCGAUACCUCAAGAACCCCCUCGCGAGCACUCGUCUUCUGCAUCGGGUCUGUGCGUCGCGCCUCGCGCUGACAGGAGGGGCACAAGUGAUUUCUUUUUUUGUUUGUUUUUCAUUUAUUUUUUCGUUUUUUUUUCCCUCCUUCACCGUUUUUGAUCUACCUCCUAGACAUGUAUUUGAAUUAGAGGCAUAUUACUAUUUGACUAUUUGUUAGAAUCUAGGGUCUCAGCUCUCAGCUCCUUUUCCCUGCAGAAAACUAAAUAUGAGAAAUAAAUACGAAAAAAAAAAAAAAUCAUGUAUGCUUAGAUUUUGAAAGAUGAGUGAUUUUUAAGGUGUUUCAUUUUUGCCUGCAUUGUGUUCUGAUAACUGACUUUAAAAAAAAAAGAGAGAGAAAACCUCAACUUGUUGCUUUUUUUUCUGCUACUUGGUUUUUUGGUGGUGUGGCUUCAGUGUAUUGGGCUUUACUUCAUCCAUAGGUAUUAUUAUAUCAAGACAUUUGUUUCAUUUGGGAUCUGAUUAAAAAAUAAUGGAGGUUUUUUCGCGUUUAAGGUAGGCCUGACUUCUUUCUGAUUUAUGGACUCAAGUUUUCUCCCCAUUACUCGUCUUAAAGGAUGCUACUUUUUUGUUUGUUUUUUUCUUUUGGUUUUUCUUUUUCCCCCCUCCUCCUUUUGACUGGGAUCUGAUCCGAUUUCUUGGCUGUGUUGUGUGGUGAGUCGUGUUUCAGUGGGAACGUGAUGUGGAGUUUCAGGAAAGUGGUCCGAUUUCAGCAUGAUGAGCAAACAAACCCCUCCGACCGUGCUCGUACGCCCUCACACACCUCCACUUGUCAAAUGCCUCUGAAAAAUGAAUUAAAAAAGUCAACAUGGCUCCUAAA